CCCGUGAGAGCCGCUGGGGCAGAGCGAGCCGGAGGAGGCCCCUGGCGGUGCCCAACCUGGGUGCGCGGCCCCAGCCCUGGCUGAGAGAGAUGCCCUGGGGCUGGGGGUGCUGAGCGUUGCAGGGUGGCGAAGGGCAGCACCCACCAGCUCAGAGGAUGCUGGCAUCUGUGCUGAAGAAGAGCCAUUUCCGAAGCGCUGGAGCCAAGUGCUGUGAGUGCGGGGCCUCCCUGUCCCACCAGUACUACGAGAAGGAUGGACGCCUGUACUGCAAGAAGGACUACUGGGCCCGCUUCGGGGAGCUGUGCCAUGGCUGCUCCGAGCAGAUCACCAAGGGGCUGGUCAUGGUGGCUGGGGAGCAGAAGUACCACCCUGAAUGCUUCAGCUGCCUCAACUGCCACGCGUUCAUCGGGGACGGGGACACCUAUGCGCUCGUGGAGCGCUCCAAGCUGUACUGUGGGCACUGCUAUUACCAGAUGGUGGUGACGCCGGUCAUCGAGCAGAUCCUGCCAGACUCGCCAGGCUCCCGCAUCCCGCACACCGUCACGCUCGUCUCCAUCCCUGCCUGCUCCGAUGGGAAGCGAGGGUUCUCCGUAUCCAUCGACCAGCACUGCAGCUCACAGGGCUGUGCCUCUGAGCACUCGCACACUGUCCGUGUCCGAGAAGUCGAUCCAGAUUGCAUCAGCCCUGAUAUGAAGAACUCCAUCCAUGUGGGAGACCGUAUCCUGGAGAUCAACGGCACACCCAUCGGGCACGUGCCCCUGGAUGAGAUUGACCUGCUGAUCCAGGAAACCAGCCGCCUGCUCCAGCUGACCAUCGAGCAUGACCCCCAUGAGCCCCUGGCCCGCGAAUCGGCCCUGGAGUGCAGCCCGCUGUCUGACCUGCACAGCCCCCUGCGCUCCCCGGCCCGCACGCCCUGCGGGGAGGCCAGUGCCAUGCGCCAACGGGCAGUCAUGAGGAGCUGCAGCACAGACAAGUCACCCGCCUCCAGCUCCAUGGGCUCGCCAGCCUCCCAACGCAAGGACAUCAGCCGCUCCGAGUCACUCCGUGUGGUCUCUCGCACACACCGCAUCUUCCGUCCCUCAGACUUGAUCCAUGGCGAAGUGUUGGGGAAAGGCUGCUUUGGCCAAGCCAUCAAGGUGACACAUCGGGAGACGGGCGAGGUGAUGGUGAUGAAGGAACUGAUCCGCUUUGACGAGGAGACACAGAGGACCUUCCUCAAAGAGGUGAAGGUGAUGCGUUGCUUGGAGCACCCCAAUGUGCUGAAGUUCAUCGGGGUGUUGUACAAGGAGAAGAGGCUCAACUUCAUCACAGAGUACAUCAAGGGGGGCACCUUGCGGGGCCUGAUCAAGAGCAUGGACAGCCACUACCCGUGGAGCCAGAGGGUCAGCUUUGCCAAGGACAUUGCAGCCGGCAUGGCCUACCUCCACUCCAUGAAUAUCAUCCACCGCGACCUCAACUCUCACAACUGCCUAGUGCGGGAGAACAAGAGCGUGGUCGUGGCCGAUUUUGGGCUGGCACGGCUCAUGGUGGAUGAGAAGAACCAGCCUGAGCAUCUCAAGAGCCUGAAGAAGCCAGACCGGAAGAAGCGCUACACAGUGGUGGGCAACCCUUACUGGAUGGCCCCUGAGAUGAUCAAUGGCCGGAGCUACGACGAGAAGGUGGACAUCUUCUCUUUCGGCAUCGUUCUGUGCGAGAUCAUUGGCCGAGUCAGUGCUGACCCCGACUACUUGCCCCGCACCACAGACUUCGGUCUCAAUGUGAGGGGGUUCCUGGACCGCUACUGUCCCCCUGCCUGUCCCCCCAGCUUCUUCCCCAUCGCUGUGUGCUGCUGUGACCUGGACCCUGAGAAGCGGCCAUCCUUCAGUAAACUGGAGCAGUGGCUGGAAACCCGUCCGCUGAGCGCGCAGCUGUAUCCGCUCGAACGAGCCUUCUGGGAGACGGACCGGCGGGGCGAGAGUGGGCUGCCCACGCACCCCGAGGUCCCCGACAGAGCUGCGCACCCGCGCCCCCUCUAAUGCCACACCAGUCCCUAGCGUGGGGACGGGAGCACUCUCGUCUCUCAGGGCUGUGCUCUCACAGCGUGUGGGGAGCACGACGCCGAAGAUGAGCACCUCUUCCAGCCUACCGAUAGCCCCCGGGGCUGGGUCCCUGGGGCUCUCAGAAGGAGCAAGAGCCCCCAUCUCUCCUUCUCUGCAAGGGCCGGUUUCGUUGCUUCCCGUCCUGUAUUUGCACCCCCCGUCCCUGGGAGCUGGCUCUCCCUGUGCCCCGACGUCCCGUGGACCCCAUCUGCCUGCCUACGUCCCCACCAGCUUCCUCACGGGAAUCCGGCUGGGGCUCUUUGGACUGCACAGAACUGCACGUGACUGGCGACUGGCCCCGUUUGUACAUAGCCCCUGUAAAUAGCCCCUGCCCCCAGGAAAGCCCGGCCUGCCGGGAGCGAGACGGCCGGCCGCAGCGCAGGGUCCGCGGGGG